AUUUCUAAGAAUUUGUUUUUAAUUGAUAAGUGUAUAAAUACUCACAUGAACAAUAGAUUGAAUUAAAGUAACUGAGAAAAUGAAGCUCUUAAUAUUAAUAACAAUUAUUCUAGCUAAAAGCAGAGGCGACGAAGAAGUUUAUGAAGAAAUUGAUGAUUAUUCUGAUGAUUUGGAUGCUCCUGCGAUGCCGACACACCUGAGAUCAUCAACAGACAUAAUCUAUCACUUCUAUUGCCAGUUACAUCCUAGUAACACUUUCGAUAUAAAUAUAAACAAUGUGGAUCUUUUAAAAUAUUCCAACUUUUCUGCAAAAAAAGAUACAUUAUUUAUAAUCCACGGGUGGAAAAAUAACAAUGAAUCUAGUGUUAACCACAAAAUUAGAGAAAAAAUUUUGCAUUAUCACGACAUUAACGUAAUGGUAGUGGAUUGGAGCAAGAUGGCUGGCGGAAGUUAUUUAUCAGCUAAAAAUUCAGUUACAAGAGUAGGAAAAUACGUAUCAGAUUUCAUACUCAAAUUGAAGGAAUUGUUUGGACUUAAAUUGAGCAAAGUGAAAUUUGUUGGACACUCUUUGGGUGCACAUAUAUGUGGAAAUGCAGGAGCUGCACUUGGUGGAAAAGUAGAUAGAAUCCUUGGUUUAGAUCCUGCAGGACCUUUAUUCACAAUGAAAAAUAAAGAUAAUAGAUUGGAUGCUAGUGAUGCUCGUUUCGUACAAGUUAUUCAUACUAGCACUCCUUUGGGGUUCGGUGUGCCAAUAGGGGAUGCGGACUAUUUUCCGAACGGUGGUUCUUCUCAACCCGGUUGUGGUUGGGAUCUUAUAGGUACGUGCGCUCAUUCUAGAGCAUAUGCUUUGUACGCCGAAAGUCUGGGCUCCGAAGGAUUCAUUUCCAGAAGAUGUAAAAACUUCGACGAAUAUAAAAAAGGUCGUUGUGAAAAUACCCAGAAAUCAGUAAUGGGAGGUUUCGAGCUCGAUUAUAAAGCGAAUGGAACGUAUUAUCUCCGUACAAACGGGCAUUCACCCUAUGCUAUGUGGUGAAUAUUGAAAUUUAUUAUUAUUAUUCACGAAAAUUAUGAUUUGUUACUAAAUUUUCAUGUUUUAUCUAACGCUUUUGUAAAGUGUUGAUCAGAACUAAAAGA